CAGCUAACGGGAACGUAGUACCCUCGGGGCAGACGUGGACACAAGCAGGGUUCGGGGCUAAUCACCGGCCGUAAAUAAUCGAAGCGUGACGCUCUUCAUUCUGCGAAAGCUUCUCCGUUGAAAGAGUUCAACAUGUCCCAACGUUUCUCAUACCAGACCAAGAAAUUCAGCAGCCAGUCUUACACCCCGAGCUCGGCGAUGCAACGGGCUGGUUCGUUCCGCUCGGCCGGGUAUCUAGCUGCGGCGCCGCAGCAGCGACUAAUCCCCAGACCCGUGUCGCUGGAGGUACCCCACUUCGAGGAUGGUCAGGCUUUCCAGGAGCUCCGCAUCCAAGAGAAAGAGCAAAUCAAGGGACUAAACAACCAGUUCGCCUCUUUCAUCGACAAGGUGCGGGCAUUGGAACAACGCAACAAACAACUCGAAAUGCACUGGCAGUUGCUGCAGGAGAAAGGUGUGCGUACUUCCAACAUCGACGGUCUGUACCAGGCUUAUUCCAACAACCUCAAGCAGCAGAUUGAAGCUUUGGCCCAGGAGAAAAUGCGCCUGGGAGCCGAACUAGACAACGUGCAGGGCUUGGUGGAAGACUACAAGACAAAGUAUGAAGAUGAAAUUAACAUGCGCACAGAGAAGGAAAAUGAAUUUGUUAUGAUCAAGAAGGAUGUUGACGAAAGCUAUCUCAACAAGGUGGAGUUGGAGGCGAAGCUUGAGAGCCUUACUGAUGAAAUCAACUUCCUGAAGGAAAUAUUUGAUGAGGAAAUCCGUGAGUUGCAAGCCCAGAUCAAGAACACUGCUGUCACUCUGGAAGUUGAUACCAGUCGCAACCUGGACCUUAGCAACAUCAUCAAUGAUGUCCGGGUUCAUUAUGAAGGAAUGGUGAACAAAAUGCGCCAAGAAAACAUCUCUACAUGUGAGAUGAAGUUCAGUGACAUGAAGAAAAAUUCUGGAAAAUGUGCAGAUGAGCUCCGUGUUGUGAAGACUGAGAUCACAGACAUGCAAAGACAAACUGGAAGACUAACCUCUGAAAUCCAGGGUUUGAAGCAACAAAAAGAGGCGUUGGAGGCUGCAAUUUCUGAAGCAGAAGAACGUGGAGGAAUGGCCAUUGCUGAAGCCAAGAACCGCAUUGCUGAACUGCAGAAUGCCAUUGACAAAACUAACCAAGAAAUGAUCCGCCAAGUGCGGGAGUACCAGGAGCUGAUGAAUACCAAGCUUGCCCUGGACAUUGAAAUUGCCACUUACAAGAAACUGCUUGAAGGCGAAGAGAUCAGAUUGUCAAAACCAGUGAGCGUGACCAUGCACCAAUCAACAAAAAGUAUUAAAAAUUAUUCGUAUCCAGGGAUGCAGUUUGAGACCUCAAUCCAUGGUGGCCUGGAAACAAGUGGAACAAGCAGAUCUCUUAUUGUCAAGACGAUUGAGACCAAGAAUGGGAAGACACUCUCUGAGUCAUCUGUCUUUCAAAGAAGAUGAAGUACCUACAUUUUGCUAAAAGUUGUCUGGUCAUUUCAAUAAUUUUCAAUGUCUUGCCUUUCAAGUCCUCAAUGAGUUCUUAAAGGAUUGUGAGAAUAACGGUUUUUGAAGGAUUUUAUUCCACUCCUGGGAAUAAAUGUGAAAUAAAGCUUGAUAAUAUGCA